AUGUCCAGCGCAUUGCAACAAUAUCGUAUCACCCCUAAUAGCACCACAUCAAGUGUCGCAGUCCCAAUAACCCCGACACCGGAUUACGUCGCACAGCUGAACUCUCUUGUGCACAGCCAAGAGGUUUUGGCUUCGACUGGAUAUAUCGUUAAGGAACUGUCCGACGAGGAUCUGGAGAGUAAAAAGAGGUGCUCAGGAUGUGGGAUACAAAUGUUGCGGUUGCAGAAGAAUGAGAAGAGGAACGAAAAGAGGAAUGAACAGAGAAACAACAAGAAGAAGGACAAGGAACAUGCUCAGGACGAAGGAAAUUUGGAACGAGCUUGCGCCGUGUCAGUUUCAUCAUCCUCUAGUGACACCUCGAGCGAUGGUCCUGUCAGCCAUGGAGUUGCACUCCCCAACAGCACGCCCCGUAUGCGGUGCAAGUUCCACAGUGGCUGGCUACAUUUAAAGGCUUGGUCGUGCUGUGGGAAAAACCCAACGGACCCUCCAUGCGUGCAACGCGAGUAUCAUAUCCCCAGAUCGGAUGUAUCCGGCGAGACUGAAAGACUAUGGCAACACCAUCCAACCAAGAUUGGACAAACCCAAUUCUCACACCGAGCAGCAGUCGCCAUUGACUGUGAAAUGGGUACAACAAUGUCCAACGACUCUGAGCUCAUUCGCGUGACGCUGCUAGACUACUUUUCCGGACAAGUCCUUAUCGACAAGCUCGUGUGGCCGGACGUGCCCAUGUUGCAUCUCAACACCCGAUUUUCUGGAAUACGCUGGCCCGAUUUGCACAAUGCUCGCCGCAAGCGUAGCUGCUUGUUUGGAAGGGACAAUGCUAGGGCCGCUGUAUUGAAAUUUAUCGGACCGUCUACAAUAGUUGUAGGACACUCGGCGCACAAUGACUUGACGUCUCUCCGGUGGAUCCAUCACAGAAUAGUCGAUACUUAUAUUCUCGAAUCUGCCCUCAAAGAGGCGGCAGAGAAAGCGGUCACCGAGUCACCACAGAAGACACCGGUAGAGCCUACAACUGUUUCGGAUACUAGCCCUAAGAACGCGGAUGGCGGCCAGAAACGCCCCAAAGGCCGUGGUUUGCUCUCCCUAAAGACGUUGUCAAAGGUAAAGCUGGGGCGUGAAAUCCAAGUUGGACGCAACGGACACGACAGCAUCGAGGAUGCUCUCGCUGCACGGGACUUGGUGCAUGUGUAUCUGACCUCUGAGGACAAUCGAGCAGUACACGAAAUUUUAGAUGAAGAGAUCAGAUCAAUGGCUACGUGA